AUGGUUUUGGCUCUAGCAGUCUAUGGCAAUCCUGCCCUGGCUUUAGCGGUGGAAGCCUGGUGUCGACACACUGAGCUGGAGACGCCCAGUCGGCCAGUACCAGUGCUCUCCACCCAGCACUCGCCCAACUCCACCAUGGCACUCAUGGGACCGAGGCAGCUCUCUGACUUAGGCGAGGAGAGUGCUCAUGACGUUGGACAGGUGCUGAUGCUGCCUUUGAUGGCCAGAUACUGCUACAUUCAGCAACACCCACAGGAAGGCUCUUUGCUGCAGAAGAAGGUCUUGCUUCAGCAGCUCUUGAAGACUUUGCAGCAGUCCCAGGAUCAGCUGUUGCGGAAAGAGCAAAAGAAGGACGAACUGCUCAAGAAGGAACAAGCAGACGAGCUUCUCAGUGCUCUUCGCGCAGAUCGGUUCGCUGAGCAACGCAUACAGGAGGCGCUCUCCGACCAGCAGCGAAUGCUCAACAGCCGCGCAAGAAAGAAGAAGCAUCAGACAGUGAACUUUGAGGAGCGCCCCCAUGCAGACUUGCUGAAGAACACUUUGAGGGCGUGCCAUUCCACGAGUGAGAUCCAUCACGCAGCAUAA